ACUCCUGGGGAUCGCGUGCGAGGGCCGCGGCCAGGGCCCUGCCCACCGGGGAGCCCCUGCGGGGAGGAGGAGGGAGGAGCGCUGCGCCAUGUGAGCGGCUGGCUGCAGGCAGCGGCCCCCGAGGAAGACAGAUGGGGUGAGGGACAGCGCGAAGUCUGGCUGUCAGCGCGGCCUCAGCCCCGCCGCGGAGGGAGCCCCUCCUCCCCGCGGGUGUGCACCUUGCUGCCGGGACGGCGAGACCAUGGCGUCCAGCGAGGAGGACGGAGGCGGCAACGGCGCGGUGGAGGAGAAGGAGAGCGGCAAGAGGAGGAGGCUGGGAGCUCUGGCCACGGCCUGGCUCAUCUUCUACAACGUCGCCAUGACCGCGGGGUGGCUGGUAUUAGGUAUUGCCAUGGUGCGGUUUUAUAUACAGAAAGGAACACAUAGAGGCUUAUUCAGAAGUGUUCAAAAGACACUUAAAUUUUUCCAGACAUUUGCUUUGCUUGAGGUAGUCCACUGUGCAGUUGGAAUAGUUCGCACGUCUGUGCUUGUGACUGGGGUCCAAGUGAGUUCAAGAAUCUUCAUGGUGUGGUUCAUUGCACACAGUAUAAAACAGAUCCAGAAUGAGGAGAGCGUUAUUCUUUUUCUGGUCGUAUGGACUGUGACAGAGAUUACUCGAUAUUCCUUCUACACAUUCAACCUGCUCAACCAUUUGCCAUACUUCAUUAAAUGGGCCAGAUACAACUUUUUUAUCGUUUUGUAUCCUGCUGGAGUUGCAGGUGAACUGCUAACCAUAUAUGCUGCUUUACCCUAUGUGAAGAAAACAGGAAUGUUUUCACUGAGACUUCCCAACAAAUACAAUGUCUCCUUUGACUACUAUUACUUCCUUAUUGUUGUCAUGUUCUCCUAUGUGCCAUUGUUUCCACAACUCUACUUCCACAUGCUGCGGCAAAGAAGAAGGGUGCUUCAUGGAGAAGUGAUUGUGGAAAAGGACGAUUGAAUCAAGCCGUGUAACUAUGGUGCUUUUAAUGGAAAAAAAAAGAGGGUAAAAAAAACAAAACUUCCUGUGAUUUUUCUGAGUCCAAGUUUUAAAACAUGGAGCAAGAAUAAACAACUGUGCAUCAAAUAGCAUGGACUGUAUUAUUUUUACAAUUAAUACAUCUUCAGACUUACAUUUUCAUCCUUGGUUUCACUUUGUUUUUUAAUUGUUCAUUUCUUCAGACAAAUUAUUCUCUUAUUUUCAAUAGGUUGACAAAUAGCUUUAAGAGUUGGAAUGGUGGGCUGCUAUGCUUUUUGUUCUGAAAGUUCUGUUAUGACCUGUACUCAUCAUGAAAAACGGAAGGAGAGUUGAUAAGUUGUACUAAAAGUCAGUCUUCUGGAAAACAGAGCAUCAAUUAGGUAAUGAAGUUUUUCACAGACUGAGUGGCUUAAAUGGUAUUUAAGCUUUAUAUUAAAUAGCUUUCCAAUUAUAAGUACUGUUAGCAUAUUGUUCAACAUUCUUUUGAUUACAGGAUCACACUAUAGAACUCCAGAAUGACUUUUCAAAGGAGACGAACUCUUGAUUGUCAGUGCAAAUUUAGAUCUGUCUGUAUUUUCACUUGUAAUAGUAAAGAUAUGUAGAAUAACAGAUACAAUAUUAACUGGUUAAAAGUUUGUGCAGAGGAGCAGAUUUGAUAUGCCUACCUUUCUCUGAUCAGUGGCUGGAAUGGGACUUGUUUUCAGAGGAAGACUGAUUGUCAGUAUGUCUUCUGUUCUACAUUUAAUUAUGUAUGCAGAAAAAUUAUAGUCCUGCAUUUAGAAACUAUAACUAUAGUGUGAUACUUAACUUCUUAUAAAUGGCUACAGUGGGAUAAAAUAUAUUUGAAAUAGUGUCUUAAAAGAUCAGUUGUGCUUUAAAUCAUCCCAUUGUGCAAUUUUAAUUGCUCCCUCCCCAUUAAUUGUUUAUACUGUGUUGACCUAAUUCUAUUUAAUGCCUUCAAUAAUCUGCAAGAGGGAUCUACAGUAUAUUAAUAAAAGUUGCAGAUGAUAUUACACUGUAUGACACCUGAGUGGGAGAGGUUCUAUGAACUGGACUCAGCCUGAGAGAUUCAGAGAAAAUCUAAUGUGUUUGAGGAAACUUGGAUACUUAAUGAGAGAGAGAGAAGAUUUAAAUGUAAUCAUGUAGUAAGAAGCCUUGAUAAUGUCAGCAAGAAAGUUGCUUCUGGCAUCACUAAUUUCAAAAGAAGAGUAUAUAUGCAGAAGAGCUGCAUCAGGCAUCUGUUAAUCAGAACACUCCUUGUGAUUGCCAAGGUCAUUUCUGGAGCAUGGUAUUACAUUUGGGUAUGUCAAGGAUGAGGAAUCGAAUCAGUCUUCUGAAAAGUCAGAGAACAGUAACAAAAUUAGUUGAAGCGAGAAAAGUCAGAAAGAUUGAAUCUUGAGAAUGUAUAAUUUUUUGUUAUAUGACAAAUAUAUGUAAAGGAAGAGGCUUUCUAAGUGUGAAGGUGUAACUAGAACUGAUUAUAUAAUUUCAAAACAAGGUAAAUAGCCAGUGAAUAUCAGGAGAAAGAUUCUGCCAGUGAGCAACGAGCUGGGUUAUGGAAUGACACAGUAGAGCUUAUCAAUGCAUACAGUUUCUUGGAAGGUUUUAAGUCAGAUAUGAUGCAGUAGUGGAAAGUAAUCUUCCUUUGGCAAGAGUUUGAACUACAUACUUGAAUAGGCAGUUUCCAUUUCUAGCUUCAACGAUUCUGUGAUAAUACUGCUUUUUUGAAAAUUGUAGAUACAACUUUUCCUGGUGUAGGAGGUAACUUGAUGAAAAAGCAAGGAUUUAGUACAUCCCUAGCUUUCAAAUUCCAUUUUGUGCCUUAAAUUUCUGGUAUUUAUGCAUGUCUUCACUACGUGUAAAUUAGUUUUCUUUUAAAUGACAGGUUCGUACUAGACUUGAGACAGAAUAGUUGUAUUCCUUACAAUUUUAAAAGGUAUAAUCUUUGUAUUUUUAAGAUUAACUUUCACGCAAGGUGCUAUCAUUUAACUUAUUACUUCUCUGUUUUAUAUGCAGCUAAAAUGAUUAAGAGUUUGAAGUAUCAACUGCAACACUGAAUCACAAAAUAGUUGUUUCACAUGUUCAUGCUAGCAGCGUGUUUGUCCAGAGUUCUUAGAGUCCUGUUUUAUAAACUUCACAUGCUUUUUUUUUCCAUGAGGAACAUCAUGGCAGUUUUUAGAAAUACUUCUCAGCAAGCAGAAUAGUGUGAUGAAGUACAAAUAACUAAGAUUAGAUUAAGUUCUGUGUCUCUUUUCUAACUGUCAGGGCAGCUCACUGAAGACCAUAGCUAUCCAUUAAUUGAAAAUGCUUUGGAUACUUUAAGGAUGUGAUUUUGAAAUCCUUGACUGGAUGAGUGUAUCCCACAGAUAUUAUUCCUGUAAUAAAAGGAAUACCUGUGCUAUAACACUCUUACGUGGUUUUUUUUUCAUUGUGGCCUAAAGAUACAUUUAGCAAUCAAGGAGCUAUUUUUGUAUCCUUUUGCACCCAUAACCUGAAAAAAACACAGCACUGUUUGAUGAAACCUUGGGUUUGCCCUUUCAUAAAGCAACAGUGUAAAAGGUAGUGAUACAAUUUUGAAAGCGAUUUACAGCAACAGAAAAAUCUUGCUAAAUGAUAAAUGAAUAUAAAUAAAGCUAAAAAUUAUUUACAGUAUUGCAUUCAGCAUUUCAUAGACCAUAGAGGCUGCCAUGUAGAUUACCUUACAUGGCAUGUACUUCAAAACAAAAUAAAACAACAUAUUCUUUUCUUCCUCUUCUUUGGAUUAAAGCCUUUUGAAGCCCCAGUGUGUACAUUGUCUUUUAGUAUCUUCUCAUAUAUAGUCAGAAUUGCAGGUAAAAUCCUUGUACUAUUGACUUCAGAUGGGCCAGGGUUUUAUGAUAGUUAGCUUAAACUUCAAUAUAACAUCAUGAAACGUUUAAUCAGCUUGUUAAAUGGACAUAAAAAGUAUGAUUUUCAUAUGGUGCUCUCUUUCCAGCUUCUUUUUGACACCUGUUUUUUUUAGUCUUCCUCUCUGCAAUAUUUCUAGUUUUCUAAAGCAUUAAAAUCCUCCUGCUUAUGAAAGAUUAGGAAUGUAUUCAGAUAUCAGCAUCUUUAAUGUUUUGAGGUAGUCUUUAACAAAUUGUUCAUAUAAAGGCAUUUUCUUACUUGUGCUAGAUAUGCCUUCUGGAAUGGAUUAAUACAGAAGCUUUUUUUAAUCAUAGUACAUAGGAAUAGGCUUUUGGAAGGAGAUUCCUAUUCAUCAGAUGACAUAUCCCACUAUUGGUAAUAACAUAUACACACCAUCCUUUUUAUAAAGCCCAGCUGGGAAGCAGUUGGAUUUCUUGAGGUUCCCCCCAACACUUCCAUGCUCUUCCCACGGUGAAAGGCUCUCCUGGGACAGAUUGGGUGAAUCGCCUUGUUUCACAGCAUUGCCCAGGAUGUCUAGAGGCCACAUGGCCUCCCCUCAUGGACAGUGCAGAGGAAUAUGAUGCUGAGAAAUUUUAUCUUCCACAUUAGCUGCCAAGAGGAUCACUGAGGCCAUUGUGAACAGUAGCUGUGAACAUCAUUACUCUCACCUCUCACUACGCAGGAUGUGAGAAGGGAGGAAGCUCAGUGUGCUUUUAUACCUUCUGCCUAGGGAGCUCAUGAGAUCAGCUGGGAGAAUCUCUGUGCA